GUAUCUGCCAUUGAGCAUUCACAGAAGAGAGACACCGGUGCAGACAGAGACACGCAGGACGACAGAGGCUUGUCCCGCGGGUUUAAAUAUCAUACGCAUUAUAUAGACUCACGCAUAGACUCACACGUAGACUCACACAUAGACACACACAUAGAUAGACUCACGCAUAGACUCGCAUAUAUAGAGACUCACAUAUAUAGAGACUCAGACAUAGACUCACACGUAGACUCACACAAAGACACACAUAGAUAGACUCACACAUAGACUCACACAUAGACUAACACAUAGAUAGACUCACACGUAGAUUCACACGUAGACUCACACUUAGACACACACUUAGACUCACACAGACACACAUAUAUAGACUCACCAGAUAUACGGUAUCGAGACUUACCCAUAUACAGAUGUGUACACACAUACCUACACUCAAGCACAGGUACGCCUACGCCGUGUACACCGACUCACACGUAGACAGAACACGGGUAUGUACACGUGCCGUCUUAGACACAAAGACACACACGUAGACAUCAAGGCACGCACCCAAAACGCAUAGGUACACCUCUACAAAGGCUAUCAUAGCCCUCCAUAGACACACACGCACACACACGCAUAGGUGCGUACAUACACACAUGUAAACACUCUCUCGCAGUGUAUAAAGGACACCCACAAGCUCACCUGUUGACACGACAUCAUGGAGGCAGUUUGCAGUGACAGCUUCCGACCACAGCAACCGCGACAUUGCGGCGCUGCAGCAGCUGCUGCUGCUGAUGCCCUCCAAUCACCACCAGCAACAGCAGCAGCACCAGCAGCAGUAGCAGCAGCAGUAGCACCGCAGCAAUCCGGCAAUGCGGAUCUCAACCCGGCGCAGCCCGAGGACGCGUACCACCGCUCGCUGUCGCAGCAGCAGCCGCCGCUGGCUCCGCACGUGCUCGCCUACGCGCUCAAGUGCGCUCGCCUCUGCCGGCCCGAGGCGGUGCGCGUGUGCCAGGGAGGCGCCGCGGAGCAGAGGCGCGUGCUGGAAGCCAUGGCGAGCGCCGGGGUCGUGACCCGCCUGGGCAAAUACGACAACUGCUGGCUGGCUCGCACGGACCCGCGCGACGUGGCGCGCGUGGAAAGCCGCACGGUGCUCGUGACGGCGAACCAGCGCGACGCCGUGCCCGUGCCGCGUCACGGCCGCCCGUCUCAGCUGGGCCGCUGGAUGUCCGAGGCCGACUUCGAGAGGGCCCAGCGCGAACGCUUCCCCGGCUGCAUGAGAGGCCGCACCAUGUACGUGAUGGCGUUCAGCAUGGGCCCGCCGGAGUCGCCGCUGGCGCGGCUGGGCGUGCAGGUGACCGACUCGCCCUACGUGGUGGCCAGCAUGAGCAUCAUGACGCGCAUGGGCGCCGCCGUCACGGAGGCGCUGGGCGACGGACGCGACUUCGUGCGGUGCCUCCACUCCGUGGGGGUGCCUCUCACAAGCUCCGCCUCCCCUGGCCCCGCGUGGCCGUGCAACCCAGAGAAGACGCUGAUCGCUCACCUCCCGGCGCGCCGGGAGAUCAUGUCGUUCGGCAGCGGCUACGGAGGCAACUCCCUCCUGGGCAAGAAGUGCUUCGCCCUGCGCAUCGCGUCCAGCCUGGCGCGUGACGAGGGCUGGCUGGCCGAGCACAUGCUGAUCCUGGGCCUCACGAGCCCCGAGGGUCGCAAGAAGUACAUCGCGGCGGCCUUCCCCAGCGCGUGCGGCAAGACCAACCUGGCCAUGAUGACGCCCUCGCUGCCCGGCUGGAAGGUGGAGUGCGUGGGGGACGACAUCGCCUGGAUGAAGUUCGACAGCGAAGGCCGCCUCCGCGCCAUCAACCCCGAGAACGGCUUCUUCGGGGUGGCGCCCGGCACGUCGGUUCGCACCAACCCCAUCGCCAUGCGCACCAUCCACUCGAACACGGUGUUCACCAACGUGGGCGAGACGCAGGAGGGUGGCGUCUACUGGGAGGGCAUCGACGAGCAGCUGCCGCCCGGCGCCACGCUCACCUCCUGGCGCAACCAGACGUGGCAGCCUGGUGACAAGGAGCCGUGCGCGCACCCCAACUCGCGUUUCUGCACACCGGCCUGUCAGUGCCCCACUCAGGACCCCGCCUGGGAGGCCCCCGAGGGCGUCCCCAUCGACGCCAUCAUCUUUGGCGGGCGCAGGCCAGCCGGCGUGCCGCUGGUUUUCGAGGCGUUCAGCUGGCAGCACGGAGUGUUCGUCGGCGCCGCCAUGAGGUCGGAAGCCACGGCGGCCGCAGAGUACAAAGGCAAGGUCAUCAUGCACGACCCCUUCGCCAUGCGCCCGUUCUUCGGCUACAACUUUGGCCACUACCUGGCCCACUGGCUCGGCAUGGCCCGGCGCUCCAGCCCGGCGCAACUGCCGCGCAUCUACCACGUCAACUGGUUCCGCCGGGGGCCUUCCGGCAACUUCCUGUGGCCGGGCUUUGGCGACAACUGCCGCGUCCUCGAGUGGAUCACGCGCCGGCUCGAGGGCCGCGCGGAGGGUCGCCGGACGGCCGUCGGCGUGGUGCCGGCGCCCGGCGAGCUGGACCUGAGCGGCCUGGCCGAGGAUGUGGACGAGGAGGCGCUGUUCUCCGUGCCGCGCCCGUUCUGGGAGGAGGAGGCAGCCGAGAUUCGCUCGUACCUGGAGGAGGAGGUCGGUGACGACCUGCCCCGGGAGAUCCUCGACGAGAUGGCCGCGCUGGAGGAGAGGAUCAGGUCCAUGUGAUGGCGACGGCGACGGCGGCGGCGACGGCGGCGAUUGGUGGCGGUGAUCACGGCGACAUCGGCGAUGACGACGGUGGUGGUGAUGAUGACGGCGGUGGAGGUGGCGGUGGCGACGAUGGUGGUGGUGGUGGUGACCACGGCGACGGUGAUGAUGGAGAAAAAAAAAAUAUCGCUCGGGGGCGGCGGUGUGGGUGGGCGCUCAGAUUUCUGUAGACGGCGACAAGCAAGCGAGCGAAUGAGCACGCCACGAUUUGCCAAAAUGUAUGGGGGGGGGGGGGCGGUGGAAGGGUGGCUGAGGGAACUGAAGUGAAAUCCGUUAGGAAAUUCGCAUCGUGCCCGGUUCAUUCCGAGGUGCCCUGUUCGGGCUCUAUGAGACCCGGGCAAUUUUGUGGUUGUAUCGAGGUUCCCCACGAUUACCGACUCACGGGCCAGUUCAGGAAGCGCUUUAUUUCUUGGCUUUUUUGUGCCGUUCUGUAUCGUAUGUUCCAUCUCUUGCGAUGCAAUGUCACGGUUUACGAAUCGCGAUUCAAUUCACGAAUCGAUUCUCUAGCUGCCUUGUUUUCCCCUUUCAGCGGCAAUAGGGUGAAUCGUCACGAUUCAGGGUCACCAUUCGGUUCGAGAACCAAUCAUAUCCUUGGCCUGUUUGCAUGACCCACCUCGUAAGCAUAGAGACAACCUUCCUCUGCGUGUAACGCGCACACGUCCCUAAUAACCGAUUACGAACACGCGCGAUUCAAGAGCACGUCUUCAGAGUGCGAGUGUUGAUUCCAAUCAACUUGGGGUUGGACCACCAACCUGGAUUUGAUCGUCAGAGUCGCAGCCGCUCCUUGUUGUUUCUCCACGCGUCGCUCAUGCAAAGAGCGCGAACAGGUCGAUGUUCGCCGCCUCGACUGCCCGGUGAAAUUAUCCCAAUUGCCAGCUCCGCGAUGGCUCCAUUCGAUUUCUCGUGGCUCAUUUUUCUCUGCGUUUUCCCGUGGAGAUGUUUCUGGCAGGCACGUCACGCACGGUGUCAGCGCAGGGGAAGGACACGCGCGCACGCGCGCAUCUCCGGUUUCGGGCGCAAAACAUUUGUGAGCGGGUUUGGGGGGCGGUGGUGGUGGUAGUCACUGGCGCGCCCGCUAAAUUGGCUAAUUGGAACAUCGCUGACGCGCACGGGGUCAUCCGAGCGCGCGACCGUGGAGGCCUGGCUUUAAUUUCACGUCCAGUCCUCCCGCAGAGCCAACGUACUUGAACUUCUUUCGCACCGCACGUAGCCAACCGCGCUCAUCGGAGGCUGCGGGGGAAGGACAACAAACUAAACACAAAAAGUAGUUUGAAAGAAAUGAGUUCUCAAUGUGGAUGAUAAUGAUGAUGAUUUCAAAGUGCAAAGCUCCCAGUAGCUUCCUAAUAUCGGGAGGGCGUCCGGAGCGCACGCAGUUGUGCGGGAGCCGUUUGGUCGCAGUUCAACACACGCCGGGUCAGUGCGGGUUGGCAACGGUGGUGGGAGCCAUAGAAGUACAGUCCAAGUGGUUUUGCUGCGGUCUCCCCCAUGCUGCUGUCGACCGUGCAGGCUCUUGGAGCCUGUAUGCUCUGAACAACUUUUUACAUGCGUCGUGGGUUAGCUUCUGAGAUUUCACGGCGUUGGGGCGCAUUUCCCCGCGAUGUGGGCAUCGGGGCGUAAGACGGAAUAAGUAUAACCCGUAAAAACAACGUUUUUCACUCUAAAUCCUUUAUAUGCAUGGCGGCUAGAGUCCUCUCGUCCUCUGGCUUCAGAUGGCUGCCACCUAUGGGUCAGAUGAUUGUCUGCAGUAAUAAACAAUUGGUAAUUAAAUAUUUAAUUUGUUUUCCCUAAACAGUGUAAAAUUUUGGAAAAAAAUUUUCACGAACAUUAAUUGUCUCGCACAACGAGUCUGUGUGCAAAAUGUCAGCUCGAUUGGAUCACGGGAAGUGGGUUAAAAAACGACCGAAAGGUUUGCACGGUCGUAAGCAAGCAAGUAAGCAAGUAAGCAAGCAAGCAGGCAAGCAAGCGAACUUAAUAUAAAGGAUUUUAAAAAAUAACGGGGCGGUUGAGAAUUAAGUACGGGAGGUUGUGUUGUUGUUUUUUUGUUGUUUUGAACCGCUACUUGGGGGAAUGGAAGAUAUUGACGUUUCGGCCUGCUAACCCCCUUCUUCAGGAAACAAGAGGUUUUACGGAGGCUUGAAAUAGUCUCACGAGGUGGUGUCAGACGGUGGAACUUGCUCGGGUGCAAUGCACGUGACAAAAGCGGCAUUUGAGAAUAUUUGUUUCGAAUGCAUUCUGGGGAAUGAAAAAAAGUUUUUUUUUGUUCCAUUUGAAUAGCGCAGACAACCCUUUUCAGAUGGUCUUACCGGUUGGUCGAUGCGAUUGGUAGACCAAGACGGGGGGGGGAUUGUUGUAACGAAUAGGCAGGCGUCUGCUCACACGAAGAAAGCCUUGCGGGCGGUAGCUAAAAUACCCUUGCACAGUGAACUCGAAUAAGCUCCAGAUCACCGUUGUCACGAGAAUUAGCGAGACGUUGAUUUAAUGUAAUUCUAGCAGGAGGAUGCUAACGGAGAAUGUAUAGAGCCAAGCAGUUGGAACAACAAUAAUAAUGAGAAUUAAAAAAACACUUUAAACAUGUCUCCUCUCAUUGAUAUCAGGAUCAGAAUGUUUAAUUAUACUGAAAUACUCCGAUGAGCUAUGAAGCUAAAUUCCUCUUGAUAUGCAAAUUAUUUUGUCAAGGCGCUCUUCCCCCCUCCAUCCCAGCUUAAAUAGACGCUCCAAGACUGGGGCGUGUCAUUCAGACUCUGUCUUCUCGACAGACCUGUUCUCCACCUGAGGACGGCUGCCUGCGUUGUGGCCGAAACAUCGUGGGAAUUAUUUUAGGUUUUAUUUUAUUAUUUUAUUAUUUCCAUUCUACGUGACUUUACCGAAAGAACCAAGAAGAAAAAUACGAAGCUCUUCUUCACAGAUGUCCUCCUCGUAGGACAAGCCGCAUCGCGAGCGUAGAGGAUCAAUUCUGAAUCGACGAUUCGUCGAACGCCCAAGCCACCGCUACCAUCACGGCCACCGCACAGAUUUCACGAGCGUGCGACAUCACACACGCGCGCGCAUGUAGUCUCUACGCAAGCUCUGCAGGCACGGCACUCCUUGCUGCUUGAUGAUCGUUAUCACCUUGCAGUGGCCACCUCGUCACAGGUGACACAGUUCUCAAGCUGCGUUGAGAUUAGGGGGCAUUGCAGAUGGCAUGGGUGGGCAGGGGUCUGCAAGUGACGGCCCCGCAAGCCACAUUUGGCCCCGUUGAGACGUGGCCUGGCCCGAGACAUCACGAGACACGGAUGAGUGAGAUAAAGGUGGAGAUAAGCAAGGGAAGGAGAUGACAGGGCUGUGGACAAGAGAAACAUUUGGCAGUUGAAAGGUCGAUGAACAAGCGAUAGAGAGACAUGGAGUGAAGAGGUCCAGAAUAGAUGAGACAGAGAUGAAGGCUGUAGAUGGUACAGCCGAUAUGAAACCAUGACGCUAAGUGACUUAACGUUUGUACGUGUGGCAUAACGUCACGUGGCCCACGGGAAGAUAUAUUUGAACGCUGCUAUAGGGUAAGCCAUAUUGGCAUUACAAUACUAAUGGAUGGGCAAAACACCCAUGCAGAGAUUACAUUUUAACUUGGGGACGUGAGUUCUUAAGCUUGUUUUUACUUUAGGUGGAAUGUAUGCCUAUGCAUACCGCUGUUAUGCAAAUAUUUAUCGCUGAAAUUCUCAAGUCCUUAAAAGUUUUUAAUUUAAAAGCUGAAGCUGCAUAACAAAUUAUAGAAACUACGCUCAAUUCGAGAUGGGGAGUUUUACAGAAUGGAAAAUAUCACGCUUUUUAUUGAGUACCUCUACGCAAUGGUUAAGACACUGUGCAAUCUUCUAUAUUAUCUUUGACUGCCCUCUUGUCGGCCUACUUUCUGGACGAAAGCCUCGCCACAGACUGUGUUAGUCAUGGGCAGGAGGGCAGAGUGGGGGGCGGGGGGCGGGGGGUGUCGUUUGACCAGACUUCACCACGCUGGUCAGUGCAGAGGUUGGUGAACUGGGUCAGAGGAUUUCCCCAGGUCUGUCUCAGACAACCACUCGCCACUGACGUUAGCCGUGGCUGCUGAUAGAACUCACGGCCCGCAUAUUGCGCUCUGACCGAUGGCUGCAAUGACGCAAUACCUCAGAGCGGAGUGGAAGUAAAUACGCCAAGCAUCCUCAAGACAGUCUCACUGAAGAGUCUCAACACUCAUUGUCAUGAGGCUCCCACUGACGUUGGGACGUUUUGCCAGUUGCUUUUUGAACGUAGUUAUCGCGCGGGAGGAAACCGGAUUGAAUCCCGGAGGGAUAAAAAAAACCCUACCUGCCACGUGUACGAGGGGAUAGCGGCUCUCAAACCCCAUACUAGUUUCUAGGUCGCAACCUACUUGCUGCACUGCAUAUUUGUUGCCCAGAAGGCUGGCACUCAUUAAGGCUCCCGGCAAAAUAAGUACAGAAUUCUCCUGGAUUAUAAGACGCGCUUUGUCCCCUGUAACGGAAAGCAAAAGGUGUCGGCGAGUCUUACAAUCUGGAAGGUGCAUGUGUGUGUGUGGGGAGCGGUGGCGCAGUGGUUAGCGCGCUGCGCAACGAACCCGGCGACCCGCGGGCAACACCAGUGACGAUUAUCUGAACCGGUCCUGGGACUCUCCUCGGUGUACAAAGGCGACCGGGCGUGGUGUUGGCCACCCCACCGCCUUCGUGUGUUGUGCCGGCCUUCAUAUGUGCUACUCGCUAACAGCACUUGCCCCAACAGUCUGUUAAAGGCUAUGCGGGGGGUGGGGGGAUCUUUGUAUUUGUAUGUGCGUGACCAGAUUGAUAUCAUUCUAUUUACACUGGGCAAACAGACUUUAGGCGGUGAUGUCUUACUUUCCAGAUCGUCUUAUGAUGCAGAGAAUGCUGUAAUUCAAGGCUCAUAUCCUUGUGUGGUCCACCAACCCUCGACUUGUACGAGAGAAGCGUCUUCUGUAAAGUUGCUCGCACGCACUUGCCGUAACCGCCUUGAUCUGGAAAAACGAAGUAUUUGUAGCUGCCUUAGGUCAAAUCGACCAACACCACGAUCAUAAACCCCACGAUUACACCCCGUGACAUAAAUCAUCCUGAAGUUUUAAAAAAUCUUGAGUAAUGAAAAAGAAAUAUGACGUGCACACUGAUGCGAUGCGUUUUGUAUAUCCGGUGAUUCGUUCGUGUAUCCAGAACACCGACUGUAUCUGUAAUUUUUAGCGCUUGAUGAAAAAUGUUGGAGAGGAAAAAAAAAUGGAUUAAAAUCUUUGCAGAUUGUG